UGCAAUUAAAAUGAUGCAUUUACAAAAAAAUAACAUUAUUUAGAGUAAUUUCUGCUUUCACUUGCAACAGGUUUUAAUAGUAAUAGCUGUUCAAAACAAGAUGUCUUUAUGUUACAUAUUUGCCCUACUUACACAUUGAAAGCGACACAAUAACAAUUUUACGUUAAAUAUGAAAAAUCUGGGCAUGUUUUCAAGCUAUUUAACAUUAUUAAGCAGAUAAACAAAGUUCACCAUAUGACCUACUUUAACGCCUAAAUUGGUUGAAUGCUAUUAUGCGUCGACUGUGCACAUGUAUAUACACGGCAUUUCUUUAUUUUAUUUAAAAAAAAAAACUGACUUUAAAUACAAAAAAAAGAAGAAAAGCUUCUUGUCUUCAUAAACAUAACACAAUACUUUCCUUUGCAGAAAUAAAUUGCACCAUAGCACUGUGUGGAGGCAGCGUCAUGUUUUGUGACUGCAAUGCCAUUUUAGAGGCGAUGGGCGUUUCUGGACGCAGAUGGCGCUGUUGAGCAUAUAUUUUGUUUCAGUCCCGUUUCCCUCCAUGGUUUCUCCUCUCUCCGACUAACUUAGCGUUUGGCUCAGUUCAUUAUACAGUCCUAUAUUCUCCCUCCAUUAGGGCAUCUCUGCCUUUGGACUGAAGAUCCCACCAAAACCCAAGAGAGAAAAGUUUAACUUUCAUAGGGCAAGAUGGACAUGAAAAAGAGGAUCCACUUGGAGCUAAGAAACAGGACACCGUCUGAUGUACGAGAACUUGUCCUUGACAAUUGUCGAUCGGUUGAAGGAAAAAUCGAAGGCCUCACAGCUGAGUUUGUCAACCUGGAGUUUCUCAGUUUGAUAAAUGUUGGCUUAAUGUCAGUCUCCAACCUGCCCAAACUAGGAAAACUCAAAAAGCUGGAGUUGAGCGACAACAGAAUCAGCGGCGGCCUCGAUGUUUUAGCAGAGAAACUACCCAACCUCACACAUCUAAACCUGAGUGGCAACAAAUUGAAAGACAUCAGCACGUUGGAACCAUUGAAAAAGCUGGACAACCUGAAGAGUUUGGACCUGUUCAACUGUGAAGUGACAAACCUCAACGACUACAGAGAGAGUGUGUUCAAACUGCUGCCCCAGCUCACCUACCUGGACGGUUAUGACCUGGAGGACAGGGAAGCCUCUGACUCUGACGGAGAGGCGGACGGAGACGGUGUAGACGAUGAAGACGAUGAAGAGGGAGAGGAAGAGGAGGAUGAGGAUGGAGAGGAGGAAGACUUUGACGAGGAAGAGGACGAGGAGGAAGAUGAAGAGGAGGUAGAAGGAGAAGAGGACGAUGAGGAGGUCAGCGGAGAAGAUGAGGAGGAAGACUUUGGUCAGGAUGGGGAAGUGGAUGAAGAAGAUGAAGAUGAGGAUGAAGAUGAAGACGAAGCAGAAGCCGGCAAAGGCGAGAAGAGAAAGCGAGACCCAGAGGAUGAAGACGACGACGACGACGAUGAAGACGACGAUUAAGAGCAAAACUGAAAACGAGAGCCUACCGAGUUACCCUUCCUCCCCCCCCCCCCCCCCCCCACAAACCCGAACGUCCGCCCUCCUACAACUCGCACCGCCGUUGUAAUCCACGUCUACCCCCCCAGCUCUGAGCUCUUUUACGGGGCAAGACUGUACCGGAUGGGUGGGCCGAGUGGAGCUGCGCCCCCUUAUUAUUUUUUUUUUUCUUCUCCCCCUGCCCCCCAUGGAACUGAGAGCCACCCAACACCCUCCACCUCACCCGACCCACGGCCCCGAGGUUCUCAGGCAGCCCACCACUCAGCAUUCCACAAUUUCACUGUCGACCCCUCUUUAUGUAUUCCUGUGUGAGGACUUUGGGACUGGUAUCUAGUUUUGGGUCUGUGCUUUUAAUAUUUUGUUGAAUGAAUUAUUUUUUGUUGUUGGGUUUAUUAUUUCUCAUUUUUUGUCUUUAUUUUUUUUUUUUUUUUUUUUUUUUUUUCUUAUUUUUUCCCAAUAAAAUUAUUGCUAUAGCAGCUGUGCAACCAGCGAGCCAUGAUUUUUUUGUGUGGCUGCCUGUUGCACAAAUCAAGGUUGUAGCUACAUUUUUACUUUCUGUAUGACAAGAAAACAACUUUGUAAAUAAAAUGUUAACAUUU